UGAGCGCUUGCAGUUGACGUUAAGUUUUGCUAAACAGCGGACGCUUUCAGGGGCGAAGGGCAAAUAGCGAAUAUUGAAUAACGUGUAUCGUAUAUCGGUAAAUUACAUUUAAGAAUCAUGUGUGGCAUUUUUGCUAUAUUCUCCAGCGAUGGAGCACCUAUUGAGGCACAAUGUUUGGAGGGCUGCAAGCACAGUUUGCGCGAGCUGGCCUAUAGGCAGAGUGGAAGGCAGCGACAUCGUGGUCCCGAUUCCACGGGCGUGCAGAUUAUAGCCGAGCAAGGAGUGGCCAUGGUUCACGAGCGCCUACGCAUUGUCGGCGUCGAAUGGGGAGAUCAGCCAUUUGUCUCAGAUGACGGCAACCUCAUGCUAGUUGCCAACGGUGAGAUCUACAACUAUCUAGAACUAUCUGCACUGAUAGCGAAGAGACGUGGCAGCUAUAAGCCGAAAAGUGAUUGCCACGUUAUAUUAGAACUUUAUCAAGAUUAUGGUGUGGAGCUGCUGCAGCAUAUUACGGGCAUGUUUGCAUUUGCCUUGUAUGAUAAGCGCAGCAAAGAGCUGCUGCUGGCCCGGGAUCCAUUUGGUAUUAUACCCAUGUACAUAGGCGAGGAUGCAAAGGGCAACAUAUGGGUGGCAUCCGAGAUGAAGUGCCUGACAGCAUGCUGUAAGCAGGUGGAGACCUUUACGCCUGGCGAGGCGCGUUUCGGCCGAGUGGGUGCAAUGCGUCGCUGGCGACAUUUCGAGCAGCCGUGGAUGCAAGAGCUGCCCACGUUGCCCUGCGAUCUGUCGCUGCUGAGAAGCACCUUGGAGAAUGCCGUGCGCACGCAUCUUCAUUGCGAUGUCCACUUUGGUGCGCUGCUCUCUGGUGGCGUCGACUCCAGUCUGAUAGCCUCAAUUGCCACCAAGAUUAUGCGUGAGACCAAUCCCAGCUACAGACUGAAAACGUUCUCGGUGGGACUGAGAGAUGCGCCGGACUUUGAGGCAGCGCGGCAGGUGGCCAAGUUCAUAGACAGUGACCACACGGAGCUCGUCUUUGAGAUCGAGGAUGCACUGGACGGCAUACGUGACAUUGUCUAUCACCUGGAGACCUACGAUGUGACCACUGUCAGAUGCAGCUUGCCCAUGUUGCUGAUGGCUCGCUACAUAAAGAGCACCGGCAUCAAGAUGAUUCUCUCUGGCGAGGGCGCAGAUGAGAUAUUUGGCGGGUAUCUUUACUUCCAUAAGGCGCCCAACUACAAGCAGUUCCAUGAGGAGCUGGUGAAGCGUGUGCAGCAGCUACAUUUGUCCGAUUGUUUGCGAGCCAACAAGGUUUCCAUGGCCAAGGGUGUGGAGCUGCGUGUGCCCUUCCUGGACACGGAGUUCGUCAACUAUGUAAUGAACAUACGGCCGCAGGAUAAGAUUCCUGGACCACUAAACCAAUUCAAGGAUGAGCAGAAGUCUCGGUUGGAGAAGUUUGUAUUGCGCGCUGCGUUUGCCGAGGAUUAUCUGCCCGAUGCCGUGCUUUGGCGACAGAAAGAACAGUUCUCCGAUGGCGUAGGCUACGAAUGGAUCAAUAGCAUCCGUCGCGUGGCCACCAGCCACGUAGAGGAUGCGGAGUUUGCACUGGCUGCCGAGAGAUUCCCACACAACACUCCGACGACAAAGGAGGCUUACUACUAUCGCUCCAUCUUUGAGCAACUGUUCCCCGGCGAUGCUGCAGCCCGAACGGUGGUGCGAUGGGUGCCACGUCUUGAUUGGGGCUGCCCAGAGGAUCCAUCGGGCCGGGCACAGGCGGUGCAUCAGAAUAAUUCCGAGCAAUAAAAGACUGAUUAGCUUAAGUUGAAUACAAAUAAAUUGUUAUUACUCUAGAUUCAAUUUCAGUAAACUAAAUUGGAGAACAAAGCAAGUGGAUUCCAUAUAAAAAAUCGGAUUACAAAUAAAAAUGAAUUAAAUACAAAAGAUAAGUCCACGUUGCUUAUUGACAUUUAAUAUCAUUCAUUGCUAACGUUGACAGUUUUAUCAACGUUUCGUAUCACAUAUUAUUGCUGACUCACCUGAUUUACAUUCAAGGUUUUAUUUAUUUAUAUUUAGAUAGUUAAAUAAAGGCGCCACGUGCAGCAUAGCGCUACCAGACUGUUCAAUUAGAAUGUACUAUCGGCAACACACUUACAAUCUACUAUCGAUAAAUAGUCAGUAGUUGCAAUCCUGUACAUGAUAUCGAUGUGACGACUCGUAUCGAUUUAUGGCAACAACCGAUGAGAAAGAAGAGGCAAUUUUUCGCAACGCGCAACAAAAUCGGUGUUAAAUUGAUGUAAAAAGUGUGAAAA